UUUGACGUAAAAUUAAUAAAUAUUUUUAUCAUUUAAUCAGUGAAUAAUAUUUUUAUUUUAGUCUUCUUAGCAAAAUAAUAAUUAAGUUCUAAAAUUGUAAAUAAAUAUGGAUUUACAAACAAAUCCUUAUAGAAAAAUGAUUGCAAUGACAGUUUCUAGCAUUUUAAAGGAGGCUAAUUUUGAUACAACAGAAAAAGAAGUCCUAGGAACGCUUACAGAAAUGCUUCAAGCAUUUAUAUGUGAAAUAGGGCUGUUGACUAAGAACUAUUGUGAACUUUCUGGCAGAUCUGAACCUCUUAUUGCUGAUGUUAUUUUAGGAUUUGUUGAUAUGGGUUUCGAUUUUAGUUCUCUUGAAGCUUAUGUAAAAUCAGGGAAACAUACUAUUUUACCAGCUUUACAGCCCCAACAGCCUCAAAAACAACUUAAUAUGCUCUCAGCGGGAAAAAAACAAACACUGCCUAGUCAUAUUCCUGCACAUUUUCCACAGUUUCCCGAUCCACAUGCAUAUGUUCGAACACCUACUCACAAACAACCGAUAAUUGACUAUGAAUCGGUUAGAGAAAAAGCUGCUGCUCAGAAAAAAGAUGUUGAAAAGGCUUUGACAAAGUUUCUUGCCAAGACAAGUGCCACUCAUAACCUUUUUGAUACUGAAGAAGGGAAUAUUUUUCCAUUAAUUGCUCUUAAGCCACCGUAUCCACCAUAUUUGAGCGCAUUGUUGCCUCAGGAUCAAAUAUUUGAUCCAGAAGAUUUGGAUUCUGAUCCGAAGUCUUUAAUUAUGCAACAACAGAAAGAACAUAAAGAGGCACAGAAUGCAAGGGAAGAAAAACUAGAGGAACCUAUGGAAGAAGAUGAACAGCCACUAAAUGACACAAUAAAGUCUGAAGAUAAUGCACAGAGUAAUGCAUUUAUUGAUAAUCCGUAUUUAGCCGCUACAAAGAUGCCUUCUAAAGAUAUCAUAGAUGUGUGUUAAUGUUUAAUAAUAGAUUUAAAAACAUAUUUAUAUUUUUUUUGAUAAAUAAACCUACCCCCUAGUUGUA